AUGUCUCGAGCUGAGACCUCCGAGACUUUCGAGACCGUUGUUGUCAGUCAGUGGCUUCGGCUCUUUUGGAAGACUCAACAGCUCGCUACCAGUGGGAGGCACACGGAGGCACACGGACGGGAGGGAGGGAAACCGUUUACACCACCACCGGAUGUUGAGCCAUUUGCGGUUUUGUUCAGACUUCUCAUUUCUGUCUACCAGGUAUUCUCUACUCGCAUUACGUCAAUGCCAACGGUAGGUUACCUCUCAUCCCUCCCAGAGUUCAGCGCUUCAGCUCAUGGCCAUGCAAACGAUCUCGACCACCUGAGUGGAAUGUCACACAGUACCUUUCUGGUGCUCUGGUACCCAUCCUUCUUGGCGGACCUGUCGGCAGUUGCAACGGAACGGUUACGGUUUGCUGCAGCCGUUGGAAGACAAGCUCACAAAAACUUCCCAGACAGAGCCUCUUUCAAAUCAUGCACUAUUCACAGGAGUGACAGGAUCCCAUACACAAACUCCGACGCCAAUCUUUUUCACAUGCUGAGUUUCUCGGCUGUCCUUCUCCAUGAUUCCUCUACGCCCUACCUAUCCCAGACCCUCCAGAAAACAGUCGUCUCGGUUUCUUUUCUCAGAAUCCGGCAAACUCCGGUAAACGGUUAGCGAGUGUAACGGUCUUUGAUGAGGUUAGGUAUACUUGACCGUUCCAGUGACAAGCCCAGGACCUCCUCCCUGUAAGGUAAAGCUAGUAGCUACUGUAGUUAACUACCAAAACAGCAUUCAUUCGAUGAGGAAAAGAAGGUUCAAAUUGCAGAGUGUCGUUGCGUUGGUGGUGUUGAUCAAACGUUAUUGAUGUUGUUAUGACGAUGACUUCGGGUCAAAGGAUGAGGAUUUUGAGAGGGUGAUGAAGUUGUAUUCGUCUACCGGGAGUAGCAAUAUCGGUAAGGUUACUGACUGGGUGGUCACUUGACAGGAAUCACCUCGGAUGAUACCGAACACUACUACUACAAAG